AAAUCCUAGGUUUUAAUUAAACUGGAACAGCCUAUUAAAACAAUGUAUUCUAAAAGGAAAUAAUUCUUUAAUUGUUUUUAAAUUCAAACCUAUACUUCCAAUCAAUGUCAUAUUAGUGAAUUAAAUAAAUAGGUCGUUACAAUAUUGAAAACUUAAAAUUAUCAGCUUAAAAAUUUGUUAAUAGGCUUAUCAAAACAAGUAAUUCAUUGUUAAAACAUAGGUCAUCUUAAUCUAGGGAAUGUGCAUUUUGAUUUAAAGUAGGACUCCACCAGGAGAGAACACGGUGGGGAGAGGUUUCCCUUCUUACGUGUUAUUGUUUUUUGACAUAUUUGGGAUAAACCUCUUCUGCUAAAGUCUGCCUUGGGUUCCAAAAAAACAAAAACUUUUCCUGAUUUCAACUACAGAGGAAGUUUAUUCUGUCAUGUCGGCAAAUCAGCAUUUUUGUUUGAAGUGGAACAAUCAUCAAGACACUCUUAUUUCGUUAUUUUCUUCGCUAUUAGAUUCUAAUACCUUCGUCGAUUGCACUCUUGCUGCUGGUGGAAAGCAGUUAAAAGUUCAUAAAAUGAUAUUGUCAGCCUGUAGCCCUUAUUUUAAGGAAAUUUUGCUUGAACACAGCAAUGUUCAUCCUAUUAUUAUAUUAAAUAACAUUCAGUUUCCUGAACUCGUAGCAAUUGUGGAAUUUAUGUAUAGAGGUGAAGUCAAUGUCUCUCAGGAUCAACUUUCAGUCUUCCUCAGAGCUGCAAAAGCACUUCAAGUAAAAGGGCUCACAAAUGAAACAGAAAGACUGGAAGAAGUCGUAAAAGAAUCUCAAAGUGAUUAUAGUGGAUACCAAAGCUCAGGGGAUGAUCCCCAAGUCAAAGCGGAAAAGGAUGAUGAUUCUCUGUCUCUACCUGGCCCUUCUACUGCUUCUAAUGCCUCUGGAUUUAUGACAGAUCAGAAUCCAAAUCUCCAUGAAAAUAAUGAAUUUCAAAGUUCCAGUUUCUUAGGUUUAUUACCUCAAAGGUAUGAAGAAUCAAUGUGUCUGAUUCCAGGACAAGGUAUGAGUCCAUUGAACAAAUUGAUGCAGUUACGAAGACCAAAUGCCACUGAAAGAGAUGCCUCCUUUAAGUGUGAAGAAUGUAAUAAAUUCUAUCGUUCCAAGACUUCUUUGAACCUCCAUAAGAGAUGGGAGUGUGGUAAAGAACCAAAGUUUGCAUGCCCCUACUGUGACAAGAAGACACAUCAAAAGGGCAACCUUAAAGUUCACAUUAUUUCUCGACACAGAGAUAGGCUGCAAACAGAAAAACAAACUUAACAUAUGGCCCAAAUCCAAUUGAAAGAAUGAAUGAUUAUGUAAAAUUAAUUACAAUUUAUAAUCUUAUAUAACCUUAGACAUUAAUAAUUUUAAACAAUUAUGGUCUUACAACAUGAUUCUGUUUAUACAAAACAACAUAACAGAACAUUAAAAAACUAGGUAAAAAAUUAGUUAAGAACAUAUUUC